UGCAGUGUUUGAAAAUGAUUUGGCGGAAGGAAGGCCUGGUUCUGUUGUGUGGCUACUUUAGUUAGGAUAUCACUUUAGAUAACCAUGUUUUAAAAGACUGAGAGAGCGAACACAUCGAAUCUCAAACUCCCGGUUUCAGUUUAUAAACUAAACUAAAACGUUUCACAGACAUGGCCCAGCGUUUGGCCGUGAGCGAUGGUGCAGGGAGCUCCAAGUCGUCGUCUCGAGUUCGUGUUGCUGUUCGGCUGCGACCGUACAUGGUCAAGCAGGACGAGAAGAACGAGGGUCCGUGUGUCAGAGGAACCGGACCUCAGAGCUUGGAGAUAACCAACUGGAGGAACGCCACAGAGACGCUACAAUACCAGUUUGACGUAUUCCACGGUGAAGAUUCAACACAGCAAGAGGUCUUUCUCUCGUCGGUGAAGCCAAUCCUACCGCACGUGCUGAACGGCCAGAACGCCAGCGUCUUCGCCUAUGGACCAACAGGAGCCGGUAAGACCCACACCAUGCUGGGCAGCCCGGCCCAGCCAGGCGUGAUUCCACGGGCGGUGAGGGAGGUGUUCCAGCUGGUGCGGGGGAGAGAGCGAGGGGGAGACGGCUGGGACUACGGUGUGGGCAUGUCCUACCUGGAGAUCUACAAUGAGAAGGUGUUGGACCUGCUCUCCCCCAGCACCCAGGACCUUCCCAUCCGUGAGGACAAGGACAGAAACAUCCUCAUCCCAGGCCUCACCCACACCACCCUCCACUCCUUCUCUGAGUUUGACUCCCAUUUCAUUCCUGCCAGCCUCAACCGCACCACGGCCUCCACCAAGCUCAACCAGCGCUCCAGCCGGAGCCACGCCGUGCUGCUCAUCAAGGUGGUGCGUACUCAGCGCUGCCCCCCCGGCCGCCAGCAGACAGGGAAGCUGUACCUGGUGGACUUGGCCGGCUCGGAGGACAACCGGCGCACAGGCAACCAGGGUCUGCGCCUGAAGGAGAGCGGGGCCAUCAACCUGUCUCUGUUCACCCUCAGCAAGGUGGUGGACUCCCUGAACGCAGGGGCCUCCUGCCGGGUGCCGUACCGGGACAGCAAGCUCACACGCCUCCUCCAGGACUCCCUGGGAGGCUCCGCCCACGCCGUCAUGGUGACCAACAUCGCGCCUGAGUACACCUUCUACUUUGACACCUUCACGGCGCUCAACUUCGCCGCCAAGUCCAAGCAGGUCGUCAACAGGCCCUUCGUCAGAGAGACGGUUGCCGUGCCGACUAGACAAGGUGCUGCUGUGCUCUGCUCUGCAGUGAAGCGCUCCAGAGAUGAGCAGGAGGCCCCAGAGCCCCAGAAGAAGAAACUCAAGGAAGGGAAGAAGAAGAAGAAGAACCAGGAAGUCCCCUCACCAUCCACACAAACACACAGCCCCUCAGACCAGCAGUCAGUGCUGGACAGGCUGAUUGCUCUUGAGAAGAUGAUGAUGGGGUCUCCAGAGAGGGAGCGACUCAACCUCCUCCAGACCAUGGCUCAGUCCCGAAAGGAGAUCCAGGAGCUGAAGAAGAAGCAGCAGCAGUUUGAGAGCAGAGCCCGGGAGCUGGGCCAGCCAGAUGAUACAGAGCCCCUCUUCAGGAGCAUGCUGCCCCCCCUGCACAGGAAGCAGUCCACCGCUGCCCGGCCCAGCAAGCAGCAGGCCGUGGUCUCACCCCUGCAGGUGAACCAGCUGCAGUCUCUCCAGCCGUGUGCCCUGGUCCACAAGACGUCCGUGUGCCUGAAGAGGAGUGAGGGCAAGAAGCUGCUGGAGCAGGCAGAGCCCCUGGAGGGGAAGGAGAACUCGGGCCUGGGUGGCUGGGAGUCUCACCUGGACUCGUCCGUGCUGGAGCGAUCCUGCCAGAACAUCCUGCAGGUGCUGAACAGCGGCUCUCUCAAGGAGCUGAAGAGCCUGCAGCAGAUCGGAGACAAGAAGGCCAAGCUGAUCCUGGGCUGGAGGGAGGUGAACGGCAGCUUCACACAGGUGGAGGACUUGACCAAGAUAGAGGGCAUCACUGCUAAGAGGUUCUCAUCCUUCAUGAAGGCUAACAUACUCAGCGUGAUGGGGAAGUGAUGAUUUGCUUCCAGGACACGGUUUUAUUUACAGUUAUAAGAAUGAUUUGUUUUAUUCUGAUUUUAUUAUUUUACUGUCUCUAAACUCUGUACAUAAUCGUAUUUUAUCUGUGUCUGUUUUGUUUUUAUUAGAAAUGUCUGAGAAUUUAACUUGUGGUGUUUUUGCAGUAAUGUCAGUAUUCCACCUGGGGGCGAUAUACUGCUUUUCAAUAAACGUCAAAUUAUACUUUUGUGUCAAAACAAUAUUUUU